UGUACAACUAUUUAUAUUUAUUUACUCAAUAUACAUGAGCUCAGUUACCGAACGAGCGUGAUAUGCUAUAUGUAAGGAAAUUGAAUAGCUUUUAAUAGAAGACAUAUUGUAUAUACUAUUGUACACUUGAAAGAAUAAAAGUAAAAAUAUAGUAUAGUAUUAUUUAUAUAUUAGCUGAUAAAUGUAUAUAUUUAUUAAAUUGAUUUCUAUUACAACAUAUAUAUGUGUGUGUGCAUGUGUAUUACAAAAAAUUCAAUAAUUAUUAAAAAUUAUUAAUUUUCAUUAAUUUCAAUAGAGGUUAUAAAUAAGGAAAUGAUUAUGAUAAAUAAAAAAAAUAAUCUUAAAGGUUUUAAGACAAUAUGGAUUCGAUUUAACGAAGAAACUACUGACAAACAUCAAUUAUUUUUUAAAGAACAUUCGAUUAGAAAUCAGGAACCAGAACAUCCUAGAGGAAGGACAUUAUUUAUGUUAAAUAUUCCUCCUUAUGUUACAUCUAAAAAUUUAAAGAAAAUAUUUGGUGAUUUGUGUGGAAUUGUUUCUAAUGUUUAUUUUAUAAUUUCUAAGGGAUUCAAAACAGCAUAUAUAAUUUUUGAAAAUGAAUCCGAUCUAGAGAAAGCAUUAGAAAUUUCUGAUGAUUAUAUAAUAACAUUAAAUGAUGGGAAUAAUUAUUGUUUAACAGGAAUAAGAAAAUGGUGUAUUGAAUAUAACAAUUCUGUAUGCAAUGAAAAAAAAAUGAAAAAGGAAAUUGAAACUUAUAUGCAAAAUUAUGAUAAAAGAAUUGCUGAAAAAAUAAUAAAAGAAAAAAUUAUGGAGGAAGAAGUACAAAAUAAUGAUGGUUGGGUAACUGUAACAGGACGAAAGAAAAGAGGACAAUUUGCACUUUCCAGAAAAGAAUCUACAAUUAAUAAAGUGCAACAUAAAGAAGAACAAAAAAAUAAGAAAAAACAGUUACUUAACUUUUAUACUUUCCAAAUUCGUGAGAGUAAAAAACAGAAUUUGGCAGAAUUAAGAAAGAAAUUUGAAUUAGAUAAAAAAAGAUUACAAGAUUUAAAAUUAAAGAGAACAUUUAAACCAUUUUAACUUUUUGUAUAUAAUAUAAAAUAUAUUUAAUGAUAGAUAUUUUCAUAAAAUAAUAUACAUAUCAAUAUAUUAAUAAUAUAAACUUAUGAUUAAAUAGAUAUUUAUUACUUUGUUUACAUUUAUAUUAUGACAUUGCAUAUUAAAUUUAAAUUUAUUUACAAUUUCACAAUGAAAAUAAUAAUAGAAAUUAUAUUUAUUAAGCAGCUUUGGAUGCAUAAGUCUGUAAUGUCCAUUCAAUUAAAAAAUGUUGAUAUGAUAGAGGUUGUAACAAAGCCAAUAAUUCUUCUGUAAAAAAAUAUAAGUUAAUUUUUAAUUAAAAAUUAAUUUUAUAAUAAAGAAUUAUAAUAUGUA